AGAGGUCAAAGGACAAGCGGACAGGCGGUUUGGCGUCAGGCUGAAUCAUGGAUAUUUCUCCGCUUCGGACGGCCAAAUUCGCGACGGAGAAAGUCCCCACAAAGCCCUCGGGACACCACAAUCGAAGCGAAGGCCUUGAAAGGAGUAGAAUUGAUCCGAGUAGAGCAUUCCUCUUUUGUUUGAUGGUGUUCUCACAACCCACAAUCCAUGAAAAGAGAUAAUCAAUAACAGAAUCACAAAGAUAAGAUAAACAGCUAGAUAAACCAUGUCAUUAUUCACGCCUGUCCAAGGAAUUGUUGGUGGAAGCCUGAUUGGAGGCUCUGCCGGGGUCUUGCUGAUCCUGAAUGGAGAUAUCAUGGGUGCCAGUGGCAUCCUUUCGAAUGCCUUGGUCAACCCCAUUCAAGCCAUUCAAAAUCCAAAAAACCAUUGGCGAUACGUCUAUCUGGCCAGCUUUGCACUAUCGGUCAAUGUAUUUGUCAACUACCUGGCACCCAAAGAUUUCAUGUCGGAUGAACGAUCUCUCGACAGUGAUGUACCCAUCCCCUCGGCAAUUGCGUACAUAUUGGGAGGAUUCUUUGUCGGUUUGGGUACCAAAAUUGGAAAUGGAUGUACGACAGGACAUGGAAUUUGUGGUAUUUCACGAUUUAGCCCACGCAACUUGGUGGCGACAUGCACAUUCACAGGAUGCUCCAUGGCCACCACAUACUUCCUUUCUCCGUUGCGACAAUGGGGAUCCAUGACCGAGUUCUUGCGAACCACGGGAAUCCCGGCCAUGUCGUCCGUCGGAAGUGGACUCUUCUUGGCCGCAGCUGUGUUUGCGGCACUGGCGACCCCGGCAUUCAGUGCCAAAAAUCGUUCCGCUACGCUGGACCAAGCACAAGGUGAAAAUGAAGAUCGAAAGACAUUGGGGGCCACCCUCUCGGGGGCCAUGUUUGCCGCUGGUCUUGCCAUUUCUGGAAUGGCCAAGGCAUCCAAAGUACACGACUUUUUGUGCAUUUCCGGAUUUUCCAAGGGAUCCUUCGAUCCAACCUUGGUAGCCGUCAUGGGAUGCGGUAUCCUGGCCAGUUGGUUGUCGUACCAAUUUGUGGAUGGAUUUUCCAUGACUAGCAAAACGCCAUUGACAUGCCCUCUCAUGGGGGACAAGUUCUCUGUCCCGACCAACACGGCUAUUGACAGUCAGCUCUUGCUGGGCACAUCUCUCUUUGGUCUGGGAUGGGGUAUCACUGGCAUUUGCCCCGGACCGGCCAUUUUCGCGGCGGCAUCGGGAAAUGUGUAUGCGACUCUCUUGUGGUUGCCAGGUUUUGUGGUGGGUUCCAUGGCAGGCGCCAACGUGAAGGAAGCUAUGAACAGCAAGAAGAAGGCUGCCUGAUCAGGGCGGUGAUGAGCGGAAUGUGUAGUAGUCUGGCUGGAGGUUGUACUGGAACGAUUGCAUAUCUCUUGUGUAUAAGAAUAAGAUAGUAUGACGAGCGUAAGAUGUAGAACCCCUCGAUGAGUAGUCAAGUUACGUGAGGUUGACCGAAGGAAGUAGUCCGGAUACGGUAGACUGGUUAGUAC